AUGAGUAAUAGUGAUACAAUAAGUAACGAUUCAGAAAAAAUUAAAUCAUAUGAACAAGAAGAGGAAGCUUAUCAUCAUCAAAAUAUAGAGAAAAUAGUCACAAGAUUAGAAGAAGGGGCAGGUGCAUUAGGUCCAUUAGAAGAACCUUAUGAUAUUAAAAAAAUUGAAUCACAUCCAGAUCCGCACGGCACUUUUAAUGAACAAGAUGAAUGGCAAUAUCCAGUGGAUAUGGAAACUGGUUUAAGAUUAGUAGAAUGGAUUGAAGGUGAUAAACGUAAUCCAAAAAACUGGAGUAAAACUGUCAAAUGGUUAUAUACAGGUUUAUUAGGUGCAAUUUGUUUCGUUGUUGCUUUGGGUUCAGCUAUUGUUACUGGUGAUAUGGAAAGACCAGCUGAACACUUUGGUGUUUCAAUGGAAGUUAUAAUUUUAUCAUCAGUUACGGUUUUUGUUAUUGGUUUUGGUGUUGGUCCAUUAGUUUUUGCUCCAAUGUCUGAAGAAGUAGGUAGAAAACCUAUUUAUGCUGUUACAUUGUUUGUUGCUGUAAUAUUUAUUAUACCUUGUGGCGCUGCAAGAAAUAUUGGUACAUUAUUAGUUUGUAGAUUAAUUGACGGUAUUGCAUUUUCAGCACCAAUGUGUCUUAUUGGUGGUUCAUUAGCAGAUAUGUGGGAAGGUAAAGAAAGAGGUGUUGCUAUGGCCAUCUUUUCAGCAGCUCCAUUCUUAGGUCCAGUUUGUGGUCCAAUUUUUGGAGGUUUAUUAGCUGAUCAUGCACCAACUUGGAGAUGGGUUUAUUGGACAUUUUUAAUCGUUGCAGGUGUUUUCUAUGCUAUAUUCAUUACAAUUGUCCCAGAAACUCAUCAUGGUAUCCUUUUGAAGACAAGAGCUAAAAAAUUAAGAAAAUUAACAAGUGAUGAUAAAUAUAAAAGUUUAAAUGAAUUACAAGAUCGUUCAUUUGGUGAAGUUGCAAAAGUUUCAUUAUUAAGACCUUUUGUUUUAUUAACUGAAUUAAUUGUCUUCUUAAUGACUAUUUAUAUGGCCAUUGUUUAUGGUUUAUUAUAUAUGUUCUUUUUUGCAUAUCCAGUUAUUUACAUGGAAGGUAAAGGAUGGUCAGCUUCAUUGACAGGUGUUAUGUUUAUUCCAAUUGGUGUUGGUGUUAUAGUAGCUACUGCUGCAGCUCCAUUUUUCAAUGCUGACUAUAAUAAAAGGGCUCAGAAAUACAGAGACAAAGGAGAAUUACCACCACCAGAAUUAAGAUUAAUUCCAAUGAUGAUUGCUUGUUGGUUUGUUCCAGCUGGUUUAUUUGCAUUUGCAUGGUCUUCCUAUCCACAUGUUUCAUGGGCAGGUCCAUGUUUCUCAGGUUUAGCAGCAGGUUUUGGUUUCUGUUGUUUGUAUAAUCCAGCAAAUAAUUAUAUCGUCGAUUCAUAUCAACAUUAUGCUGCUUCAGCUUUGGCUGCAAAAACUUUUGUUAGAUCAAUUUGGGGUGGCUGUGUGCCUUUGUUUACAAUUCAAAUGUACCAUAGAUUAGGUUAUGAAUGGGCAUCAUCAUUAAUGGCAUUUAUUUCAUUAGCAUGUUGUGCAAUUCCAUAUGCAUUUUUCUUUUAUGGUGCAAGAGUUAGAAAAUUCUCAAGAUAUGCAUAUUCACCGGAAAUGGACAAACAUUAA